AUGGCUACUUUUGUGGAGGACGGCGAUCCAGCUUGCAACCCCACCAACUGGAAUGUGGGUGUCCAUAGCUCACACGCCUCCCUUUUUGACCCCACACGGCUAAACAUCUCCAAUUGGGUUGAAAACUACCGGGCUGUGGGUGCCAAGCACGCCGUCCUCACCGCCAAACACGGCUGCGGCUUUUUACUCUGGAAUACCUCGACCACCUUGCCAAAUGGAACGGAGUAUCCCUUUGCAGUGGCACGCAGUUCCUACCCAAGCUUUCAGCGCGACGUCAUUGCCGAAUUUAGCUCCACCUUGGGGGCAGCCGGCCUGGGAUAUGGCUAUUACUACAGCACUGGCAACAACUACUUUCUCAACCGAGAUGGCUUCAAGCGCAUUGGCAACCCCUUACCAGGCCAAGUAGAUUUAACUGACGAACAAUAUAAUAUCCUGGUCUUUGAGCACGUCAAAGAGCUGUGGACGCGCUUUGGAUCGCUCUUUGAAAUCUGGUUUGAUCAUGGGGUCUCGGCGGAUCAGGAUCAGCAGCUAGCCGCAUUGCUCAAGCAGUAUCAGCCCCAAGUCGUGGGCUUCAACGGACAGGGGAUCAUGACCAGCCCCAUCAAGUUCGUACCAAACAAACCCGCUGCUCGAUGUGCUUUUUUGCUUCACUCUUCUUGA